UCUCUCUCUCUAUCUGAUCUCUCCCCCUCCCUCCCUUACUAUCUUGAUCAUUAAGCAUGUUUUUUUAUCUACUUAAUGAUCAUAUCCUAAAAGCUUAGAUGUUUUUGGACUAUUGAAUUUGUAUUUUUUCCUAAAUGAAAAACAUGGAAAUUCUAAUGUGUAAAAGGGCAUAAUUCCUCUUAUUUUCUUGUUUUUCUUUAUCUAGAACACAUAGGAAAAUUUUAGUAUUGGAAAUGGGACGCGGAAAGAUACCAAUCAGGAGGAUUGAGAACCAGACCACAAGGCAAGUGACCUUCUCUAAGCGACGAUCCGGGCUGUUGAAGAAGACUCACGAGCUUUCUGUUCUUUGCGAUGCCCAAAUUGGGCUUAUCAUCUUCUCAAGCACUGGAAAGAUGUGUCAGUACUGCACUGAGCCUUUGAGAAUGGAGGAAAUCAUAGAAAGGUACCAAAAGGUUACUGGCACUUGUGUUCCUGAGCACGAUGCCCGGGAACAAAUAUAUGCUGAAAUAUCAAUGCUGAGAGCAGAAACUCAUCGUCUUCAGCUUGGCAUGCAACGAUACACUGGUGAGGACAUGAGCUCCUUAACCUACGAGGAUUUGGAUAACCUUGAACAAGAACUAGAGCACUCCAUUAGCAAAAUUCGAGAUCGGAAGAACGAGCUCUUGAACCAGCAGAUGGACAACCUGAGAAGGAAGGAGCGGAUGUUGGAGGAUGAAAACAGCAGCAUGUACCAUUGGAUUCAGGAGAACCGAGCAGCCAUAGAGUAUCAGCAGGCGGCAAUGGAGGGAAAGACAGUGGAACAUCAACAAGUUGGAGAUCAUUUCUCGUUGUAUGGAGACCAACCCAGUAGUGUGCUUCAACUUGCUACCAUUCCUCCACACAUUCAGCCAUAUCAUCUCCAACUUGCUCAGCCCAAUCUUCGAGAUUAACUUUCGUCUUCAAUUCCAUUGGAUUGAGGUCUAGUGAGAUGAGUUUCGUAUAUGAAGAAGAUGAAGGAAUAAAAGCUCACAUUGUUAUCAAGAUGAAGACUCGCAAUUUCUACUGGAGGUUACUUGUGUGGAACAUUCUAAGUUUCUGAACCUGCGUAUUUUAACUAGUAAAGAAAUUUGUUAGCAUUUUCAAAUAA